CUCUGCAAGCUGCUGCAAGCCGUGCAACUCCAAAAAACAUGGCAUCUUUUAUAAACAUUUCACGUCUUUUAAAAUUCGGAGCACGGACGUGCACACAAACGUUUGGAACCUACAUAUUGACAAAACCAUCACAUUUAACUCCAGUUACAAAUCUCUAUGAUUCUCAAAUAUGCAAUUAUAGCAAAGAUCCGUAUAGAAAAUUGAAAAAUGUUCCGAGAAGUGUUCCCUGGUAUCAAAAAGAACCAGAGAGUCAAAAAGAAGUGCAAAAAUCAACAAUAGAGGAAGAAAAACUAGUUGAAGAUGUAUCCAAAGCAAUUAAUGAGCAAGUUGCAGAAGAUAAGACUGGCAGACUUUUUGCCAUUGUACACCUUGCUGGCAAGCAAUUUAAAAUUACUGAAAGUGAUAUUCUAGUUAUUAAAGGAUAUUGGGCUCCAAAUCCUGGUGAUCAGAUUAAGUUGGAAAAAGUACUAUUAGUUGGAGGUACAGAUUUUACACUAGUUGGAAGGCCAAUACUCAACAGAGAAUUAGUUUCCAUUGAUGCAGUAGUAAUUGAAAAAACAAUGUCACACACAGUAACAGAAUUUCGUUUUAGAAAAAGGAAGCAAUAUCGUAGAAUAAAAUUCUUUAGGCAUCAACAAACAAUGGUUAGAAUAAACUCAAUCAAAAUCAAUGGACAUGUUGACAAGAAAUUAGAAGUUGAGGGAUUAGAUAGAGUUUAUUAAGAAAAUUUGAUAGGAUUAAUUUUAUAAAAAAAUUAAUUUUAUACCAUUAAAUGAUAAGUUACAUUGGAUACAGAAAGAAUAAAAAUACCAGAUCGUUUUAUGUGAAUAACAUUUAUUAAGCAACAAUGUGUAAAUAAAAGAACUUCUU